AUGGUGACUUUUGAAAUGUUGUAUGAAAGAGGGUUGACCAUGGGGCGUUUGUGGAAGACGAGCGUUUUAUUGAUUCUCGCCAUCCUGGUCCUGACAAAGGAUGAUCAGCACAGCCUGAGCAGUUUCGCAAUGACCACCAGUGUUCAUGCUGCUGCUGAUUCCGACUCAAGUAUUGUUGGUCCUGAUAUGCUUGCUUAUUCUGGACAACACCAUCAUGAUUCUUCAGCUCGUCGACGAAGAUUUAAUGCUCAACCCAGACUUACCCUAGAUGAAGAGGACGACUUCAUGGCUCUCGUGGAGGCGGAACUAAAGUUUUUAUAA